UCUAUGCGUGCAUUUAGGAGAAGGAAGAGCAGAGUAAGAAAGAAUGGAGAGUCAAGGAUUUGAAAUUCCUCAACCCCAAUUCUGUGGUUCUGCCGCCUUUCAUGAUCUUGUCGACGACGAUAGCAACUUUGAGCAGUUCAUCAGUCUCAUUCGAGGAGAAAAUGACGACCCCAUCACUUGCUUCAACCCCAAUUAUGAUGCGGAGCUCAUGUUCAGUGAUGGCUUGGUGGAUAGCCAAUUCUGUUCCACCACUCCGGCAGCGGCAGCGGCCAUGUCUGAUCUCAACUCCAUGAGUAAUUCAGAUCCCAACUCGAUUUUCAUGUCGUUGCCUCCUUUUGGCGGGGAUCUCGAGGUAGGGGAUGACGAGAACGAUGGUAAUGAUGAUGAUGAUGACGAUUCCUCCGCAACAGCAACUACUGCUACUACACCAACAAAGAAGAGGACAGCCGAUCGCUCGAGAACAUUGAUUUCUGAGCGGAAGAGGAGAGGCCGAAUGAAGGAGAAGCUCUAUGCAUUGCGUUCCUUGGUUCCUAACAUAACUAAGAUGGAUAAGGCCUCCAUCGUCGGAGAUGCUGUGCUAUACAUGCAAGAGUUGCAAAUGCAAGCUAAGAAGCUAAGAGCAGAAAUAGCAGGGCUUGAGUCAUCGUUCAAAGGAUUAGAGAGAGCUGAAGGUUUGGUUUGUAGCCUAAACAAAACCCAGAUUGCAGACAAGAAGCGUCAACCAGUUCGCAAGACGAUACAGCAGAUGGAUGUAUUUCAGGUUGAGGAAAGAGGUUUCUACGUGAGAGUGGUGUGUGACAAGGGAGAAGGUGUCACAGUAGCUCUUCACAGGGCCCUUGAGUCUCUAACCAGCUUCGACGUUCAGAGCUCCAACUGCACCACGGUUUCUGAGAGACUCGUGCUCACAUUCACCAUCAAUGUUAGAGAAUGUGAGGAGAAGAUGAAUUUGGCAACAUUGGAGCUAUGGGUAGCUGGCUCUCUUCUCAACCAGGGAUUCGAAUACAAAAAUCCUUUAGCCCCUUAACUUCCCUUUCUUCCAUUGUUGUAACAGUUUUCUUCUACACAAGCACCUAGCUACUUGUGAAAAGGUUGUAUCAUACUUCCAAGAUCCAGGCUAGCUUGAGAAGUUCUUAAUAUUGUAGCUCCAGAAGGAAAUUCAUUGACCUUUUCAAAGCAUUUUCUAUA